AUGACAUGUUGGAGCCAACCUUCACUGUGGAGACGGCACCUGAUGGAUGAAAGUAUACAUAAACACCUAAAAAGAAACACUCUAUACUGGUUUAGGAGUUUCACAUUGCUGUCUGACAGAUUUUAUAGGACGCUGCUCAGUCAUACCCCGCCUCUUAAAUUUUCCCCUGUGUGUAUCAUCGCUGUGGUCUCCGUGUUUUUUAUCGUCAUAUCUAUCCUGUCGUUCUGCUUGAAGACACACCCCGAAAUGAGGGUACCCGUUCUUAAGAACGCCACAUCGCUAACAGCCAACGGAAGCUUCACAUGGCGACUAGAGAAGAGAGAGACUGAGCCCCAUGAAUCGUUCUUCUACAUCGAGUGCGCCAGCAACGCCUGGUUCACAUUUGAAAUCAUCAUCCGCUUCGCUGUGGCACCAAACAAACUGGAUUUUCUUAAAGCGCCUGUAAAUAUAAUAGACAUCCUGAAACAAGAGAGCGAUAUGCUGGAGUUUUUCUCCAUUAUAAGAAUCAUGAGGCUGUGUAAGUUGACUCGGCAUUCGGCUGGCUUAAAGAUUCUCAUACACACUUUUAAAGCUAGUGCAAAGGAGUUGAUUCUGCUCAUCUUCUUCCUAGUCCUUGGCAUUGUGAUCUUUGCUGCUCUCAUUUAUUACGCUGAGAGAAUACAAUACAAUCCAGAUAACGACUUCGAAAGCAUACCGGUUGGCCUAUGGUGGGCCAUCGUCACAAUGACAACAGUAGGGUAUGGUGAUAUGGUGCCUAAGACUUAUGUAGGGAUGUUCGUGGGGGCGCUGUGUGCUCUCGCAGGUGUCCUGUGCAUUGCGUUACCUGUUCCAGUCAUUGUGUCCAACUUUGCGCUGUUCUACUCUCACACGCAAGCCAGGUCCAAACUACCUAAGAAGAGGCGGCGCGUGUUACCAGUGGAGGCGCCACGGCCAAAGGGAUCCAAAGCCCCAGGAAUGGCCGGAGCCGUACAAGGCGUAGGAGGACCACAGAACCGAAGGAUGAACGCCAUCAAACACAACCAUCCAGGUGCUUUAGAUGUCAAGAUAAAUAGGAUAGCUCACGGGGGCGCCCUGCAAGAACUGAUGCCCUUCCGUAGUCAUUAUAACCAUUUUGGAGUCACGCUAGGCCACAACGGAGAGGAGGCGAUCCCGAUGUUGAUGCUGAAUCAUGCAGACAUCAAGUCAGAAAAUCCAGUCAGGUCCAGGGCGUCGUCAAAUGCAGAUAAGACAGGUGCCCUGAUAGGAGUCGAUCAUUCAAUGUCUGGGUCCACACUUAGAAUAUCGGACAUCAGACCAACUGAUAACCAAACAUCAUUAUCAUCUACCACCUUCUCUAACCUAUGGGUUGCCCCAAAUGCUCAGUUUACAAUGAACAACACUCUGGGUUCUGGACAUGAAGACGAUAAAGGUUUUCCAGCAAAUUCAUCAGAUGGAGCUGUUAUUGAGCCAAUAAUAACAAUGUUACCACAAUCCACCAUUAGCUCAACAUCUUCAACAACAGCCAAUCAAAACCUGGAACAACGAUCUCUAGCAGGAACUCCAACCAAUAGCAGUUCACCAUCAGCACCUUCCUCCAAUAAUCUUGUAGCUGUGAAUACAUAG